AUGGAGUGUUGUAAUUUUAACGAUGAUGUGCAGAGUACUUACCGGACAGUAUGUGAAACAGCGAAUGAUGCUUCAUUAUCGCCCUGCAAUGACAUUGUAGAGCUCCAGAUAGUAGGUGACUUCUAUGUGCCGUUACUACGCUGUGUACCUGUGCAGGGGCAAGACAAUGAUUUCAUAACUAUGACCUAUGACCGUCCACAUUAUGUGCCAGUCAGCAAACAUCACAUCGAUACCAUUACUAUAGAAAUCAAAACCGACCAGGACAAAAACGUGCAUUUUUAUCACGGGAAGGAACAUGUCAAAUCUGAACUGGAUCUUUUUCAACUGGCGCCUACACAGACCAGUAUUGAAAACAGUAUCUAUAUCGAGAUCCCCCCUUUAUCAGCGCUAACGCCCAACGGACCCCUGGAAUUUUUCAUCACGGGGCAUGGUGAGCAUUACACGGAUUUAAACAACACCCUCCUGUAUGUGAGUUGCAAGAUUGUAAAAGCGGACGGGUCAGAUAUUGAUGACGGGGCAAGGGUGGCCCUGGUCAACUAUCCCAUAGCAUCUCUGUUUAACCAGCUGGAUGUUACCUUGGGAGAUCGACUCAUUACCCAGAGCCAUCACUACUAUUCGUAUAGGGCCGUAAUUGAACUGAUUCUCAACUUUGGUGGUGAUGCAUUGGGUACCCAAUUUACUUCUGGGGGAUUUUACAAAGAUGACUCAGAUCUCAUGGAGAGUACUCUACUGACAGCGGCUGGGAACUCUGGUUUCAAAUCGAGAGCGAGACACACGAGCGGUAGUCGAAAAUGGGACCUGCUUGGGCCUCUGCAUAGCGAUCUGUUUUUUCAAGACAGACUGCUAAUUAAUGGCAUAGAUGUGAAAGUCAAACUCACAAGAAGCAGAAAUGAAUUUUGCGUGAUGAAGGAUGGCAAUGAGAAUUACAAAGUGCAACUCCUGGCAGCUUCUCUCUUUGUAAAACGUGUGAAAAUAGCCCCGGGAGUGCGCCUUGGCCAUGCAGAAGCUUUGCUAACCGCCAAUGCCAAAUACCCCAUUGAUCGAGUGGGGAUGAAGGUUUACAGCAUUCCCGCAGGUAGUCUUGUGUGUAAUCAGGAAAAUCUAUUUCUGGGUCAACUGCCUAAACAAUUAGUGAUUGGGUUUGUGGACAAUGCCGCUUUUAGUGGGGAUUAUGAAAGAAAUCCAUUCAAUUUUCAACACUGCAAUGUCAAUUUCUGCGCCCUGCAUUGUGAUGGCGAACAGAUCCCCGCAAAGCCUCUUCAGCCCGAUUAUGAGCAUGGUCUUUUUGUGAGAGAGUACAUGCAGAUGGUGCAAGCAACAGGCAAAGGCAUGAAAGACAGACCGUUGUUAAUCAGCCGGGAAGAGUUUAACCGAGGGUAUACUUUGUAUUGUUUUGACUUGAGUCCUGAUCAGGGAUGCUCUGAGCACUAUUCAUUGAUCAGGAACGGCAACCUCAGAGCCGAAAUUAGAUUUGCACAGCCCCUCCCCAACACCGUUAACAUGAUACUCUAUGCAAUCUUUGAAAACCUUAUUGAAAUAAGUCACACACGGAAUGUACUUUUUGAUUAUAUGUGA